AUGCUGGGUCUGGAUGCUGCUGGAAAGACCACGGUUCUUUAUAAGCUGAAGCUGAAUGAGACGGUCUGUACAAUCCCCACCAUCGGAUUCAAUGUUGAGACUGUGGAGCCCAUCCGUAAUGUGACAUUUACUGUCUGGGAUGUGGGUGGUCAGGACAAGAUUCGAGUCCUGUGGAAACACUACUAUGUCAACACCGAUGGGUUGGUUUUUGUGGUGGACAGUGCUGACCCAGAGAGGUUCCUGGAAGCCAGGGAAGAACUCAAAGCUAUCCUGGAGCAUGAUGAAAUGAGAGGCGUGCCGUUCUUGGUGAUGGCCAACAAGCAAGAUCUCCCAGGUGCCAGGAAACCCAUGGAGCUGGCGGAGGAACUGGGACUGACGAAGAUGAAAGGACACCAAUGGCACGUCCAAGGGUGCUGUGCGGCCAACGGGGAAGGACUGGUGGAGGGGCUGGAGGUCCUCACCAACUUAGUGAAGCAGUUUCAGAAGAACAGGACAUACUGA